GAGGAGCGCUAGGCUGUGACCACUGCUGCUCUCCGGCUAACUGAGGGACAAUUGCAAUUCUGUAGCAGCUUCCCAUUUCUAGACGAGGAUCCUGCGUCUGUGUAGGGCAGAGAUCAUGAACUCUUUCUAGGUUGAGCACCUCUGACUUUUCAGUUUGUGAGUGGAGUUUGAAGCACCAAGCAUCAUGUCUGACUGGGUGCUCCUUGGGCUGAUUGGAGUGCUGGUUGUGCUGCUGCUGCUGACUGUCUUCGGUUUCGCUGUCUACUCGGGGCUUUUCACAGAGGUUGUUGUGAGUGCUGGCUCACCACCCGUCGGCAGCAUCACACUGGCCUACAAGUUCAGAGUUGGGCCGUAUGGCGAAUCAGGGCAACUGUUCACAGAUAGCUGCAGCAUCUCUUCGAAGCUCUGCUCCAUUGGUGUCUACUAUGACAACCCUCACACGGUACCGCCAGAAAAGUGCCGAUUUGCCAUAGGCCGAAUCCUGAGUGAGGGUGAAGCGAAGCCGUCAGAGGAGCAGAUCAAGCAAUUCCAGAAGUAUGGCUUCAAGAUCUUCUCCUUCCCCGCUCCCAGCCAUGUGGUUAUGGCAACAUUCCCAUUCACCACACCAUUGUCUAUCCAUCUGGCAGUCAACCGCGUCCACCCAGCCCUCGACACCUACAUCAGGGUAAGCAACUGUGGCAAGAAGAGUGUCACACUUGUUAAACAGACUGUUAAAGGUUCUUCCUGCCAUCGGCUAAUAGGACUGCUCCAAGUUCUUGUCUCUUGA